GCCGUCCCUCUCCCUCUACCAACCGUCCCCUUCCCCUUCCAGCGGGGCCGUUCGGUUCGGUACGGCUGCGCCGCGGUGGACUGAACCACUUGGCAGCGUUCGCCAGGGUGUGGGUGGACUCGUCCGCGGGGGCACAGGAGUGACCCAUUCCCGCCUGUGAGCGGGGCCCUCGUGCUAGGGGGACUCCAGGAUCCCCCUUCAUGUAGCCCCCGUCUCAGCCCUGUCCAAAGUGCCCCGAGACCUGUCCCCCGACUGGACUACAGGGGCAGGGCAUCAAUGCUGGGGGAGCAAAUUGUAUCGCUGCAAGUCCGCCCCGGAGCAGGGCGGGAAAUCGCCUUCCUUGGAGGCUGCUUUGGGCAGGCCUGUUGGCUGGUUUGGAGGGCGCCCAGCAAGGAGAACCACGGGCACCUGGGGGAGGGGCUGGUGCUUUAAUUAGAGUUCUUUAACAAGAGCCGCUCUAAUGAAAGCACCGCUACAUCUCGUGUAUUGGUGUCUACGCGUGUCAACAUGGCAGCGGGGGUGCUUGAACUCAAGCUCAUUGAACCAGCUUUCUUGGGUGCGCCCCCGCUGCAGUUUGGAAGUGGGGGGACUCUGAUACAUGAGACGCAGCGGUGCUUUGACAACAUCUCUGCACUGCGGAAUGGCCCCGAGGGCGCUUGAACUGAAGUUUGUGCAAUGAGCUCGAGGUCAAGAGCCCCUGCUGCUGUUUGGAAGCGUGGGGACACCGAUGCAUGAGAUGUGGCAGGCUAAGGGGCCCCACAAUUGCCACGCUCCAAACAAGAUGGGGACAAAUAAUACUAAAGAAGAAAGGGAUGGGAAUGCUAGUCAGAGCUUAGUAACAAGAGUGCCAAAGGGAAACGCCAAACAGAGCACACUGGGCAGCACCCACAGGCCCUUGAACGAGUCCAAGGAGUCAGUGGACACUUCCUAGUUAAGCUCUUCCCAGAGAUGUAAGUGGAUGAGGGACAGAAAACUGACCCCAAAGCCCCUGGUGGAGGUCUUCCUGGCCAGGGCCUCCUUCCCAGUCAGAUGGAUCGUGAGCUUGGCUAAGGGCAGGAGGAGGUUGACCAGGAUAUCCUGGGGCUUGGUGGGGCUGUAGAUGGGGAGCAUGUAAAUGAAAACAUGCAGAGAGAAAUGCAGCCAGAGUUUCUUCAGGCAGGACUCGAGGACCUCAGGAGGUCUGUGCCAGCCUGGCUGCUCUAACCUCUGUGACUUUCAUCUUCCUCCACCUGGGAGAGUUGAGAAAAAGCACCUCCUGUGCCACGGCAGGGGGCAGGGGUUUGACCAGCUGCCCCUCAACGUUCUUUCCAACCCUAUGAUUUUGUAGUUGCACGACCUGUAACAAAACCAACUGGUUUUGUUUAAAUGUCUCGUAUUGUAGUCAUAGAUGGUUUCACUGUAGAAAGCAUGACAUUGUCUUGCCAAGGCAUCUGCAAAUAUAGAUUUGUUUGUUGGGGGAGGUUAUUUUGUAUUUUGUUUUGUGCUUUUGUUUAAUUUUAUCGGAAACUCCCUUUGGAGUUGAUGAAUAAUAUGAACGCUGAUUACAUGCCUGGAACCUCUGGUGUAAGCAUAUAGUGUAGAAACUCAGUCACUCCCUAGGUUGUGUUCUUUUAUUUCCUUUUCCCCUUCCAAGUAGGGACUUUGCCCUUGUUACACAGUCUAAUGUUCUUUGGGAAGUGCUGUGUGGCUGUGAGAGUGCUUCGCAGAAUGAGAAUGCUUCACACGGUUAUGCAGCUUUCGUGGCAAAGCAGCAAAGUUCACUGGUGACUAGCUGAUCCAUCCUGCGGAUUAUCCCCCGUUCUCUAUUCCAGUGUUGUGGUGUCUUCACAGAAUAGCUGCAGCAGGGGAUCUAGUCUUCUGCCUUCCUCCUGACACUUCUUUUGAUUUGAGCCUGCUUUUUACCUAUAUACUACGAAUAGCUACUGGAAGGACUGACUGUUAAACUUGUUCCAAGUAUGGCUUGCAGAAAAAUAGGAGAUCAGGAGCAGUCUCUCACUACUGCUUUCUCUGUUGUUAACUGUGGGAGACCCCCAGCAUGGGGCAUUCGAACGCACAGUAUAUGCAUGGUAUCUGACUUUUUUUACCCAAACAUGGGAGGAGUGGAAAGUCACAUCUACCAGCUGUCACAGUGCCUGAUUGAAAGAGGGCACAAAGUUAUAAUUGUCACUCAUGCGUAUGGAAAUAGAAAAGGCAUUCGUUAUCUCACCAAUGGUCUGAAGGUAUAUUACUUGCCUUUGAAGGUCAUGUACAAUCAAUCUACUGCAACAACACUCUUCCACAGUCUACCUUUGCUCAGGUACAUCUUUGUGCGAGAGAGAGUCACCAUAAUCCACUCCCAUAGUUCAUUUUCUGCCAUGGCUCAUGAUGCACUCUUUCAUGCCAAGACAAUGGGCUUACGGACAGUUUUUACAGACCAUUCUCUCUUUGGAUUUGCUGAUGUCAGUUCAAUACUCACAAACAAACUCCUAACGGUGUCACUGUGUGAUACAAAUCACAUCAUUUGUGUCUCUUAUACUAGCAAGGAAAAUACUGUACUAAGAGCAGCACUGGAUCCUGAGAUCGUGUCUGUCAUCCCCAAUGCUGUAGACCCUACUGACUUAACUCCAGACCCGUCCAGAAGGGAUAAUAGCACAAUAACUAUUGUUGUUGUCAGCAGGCUUGUUUACAGGAAAGGUAUAGACUUGCUUAGUGGUAUAAUUCCUGAACUUUGUCAGAAAUAUCCAUACUUAAAUUUUUUAGUUGGAGGAGAAGGACCAAAACGAAUUGUUUUGGAAGAAGUACGUGAAAGAUACCAACUUCACGACAGAGUGCGUCUUCUAGGAGCUUUGGAACAUCAGGAUGUUAGAAAUGUCUUGGUUCAGGGUCACAUUUUUCUCAACACGUCUCUCACUGAAGCCUUCUGUAUGGCAAUUGUGGAAGCAGCCAGCUGUGGUUUACAGGUGGUGAGUACGAGAGUUGGUGGAAUCCCAGAAGUGCUACCAGAAGAUCUUAUUAUCUUAUGUGAGCCCUCAGUGAAAUCGCUGUGUGAUGGCUUGGAAAAAGCUAUGCUGCAGCUGAGAUCAGGAACAUCACUAGCCCCAGAAAUUAUUCAUAACAAAGUGAAGACAUUCUAUACCUGGAGGAAUGUUGCAGCAAGAACUGAGAAAGUAUAUGACAGAGUUGCAGAUGAAACGGUAUUACCAAUGGACAAGCGGCUUGACAGACUAAUCACUCACUGUGGCUCAGUAACUGGGUAUAUUUUUGCUCUGUUUGCUGUGUUAAAUUUUCUCUUUCUGGUAUUUCUGAGGUGGAUGACUCCAGAUUCCAUUAUUGAUCCUGCAAGAGAUGCCACAGGCCCUAAUGGAGUAUGGACUAAACAGUAUUUUCAUAGUAAAAAAAGAAAAGAAAAAGAAGAGAUUUCGAACUGUUAAAAUGUUUGAAGUGGGGAGGAAGGGUAUUGGUGUCUAAAUAAGUUUUUUAAUAGUUGCUAAUAGAAUUAAUUCUACAAAGAGACAUUUAUUGUUAAGCUCUUAACUUUCCUAAAUUGUUGGAAAGGAACCUGAUGAAAUGUACUACCUCAAUUUAGGAUUGUAAAAACUAGUUUUGGACUUAUGCAAAUAUCUAGAUACAGCUCUUUUGCACUUAGUUGGGAGAACAAUGGGAAUUGGUGCAUCUCAGGUGUAAAACUUCUUAUGAGACACAAGAAUACAAGAUUUUUCUCUCUUCCCAGAGUGCUACUCUUCCUAUGAACUGACAAAUGUAUGGCAUCUGGGGUGCCAAAACACAAAUGCAGCAGCUUAAGAUGGUCUUUGGCAAUUCCUGUUAGGAAUAAUAAAUUUAUAGAGAUAAGAGGAAUUGGUGGGACUUACAAGGAACAUAAAGAAAAAAGCACUGCCCAAAUCAAUCAGCAGCUGAAAAUGAGAUGUGAAAUCAUAUUUAUAGAAUGUGACACAAAACAAGCACAUUACCCCAUCUGUUUUCAACAUUCAGUGUGCUGAGUGCCAGCAGUAGUUCUCCCAGACCAUGUCUGGAGACAGUUCCUGCCUGCAUGCACAGAACUAUUUUGAAAUGGUUCUUCAGUACUCUGCCUAAAUUUGAUCAGUAUCUCUUGGAUAUAUCAAGGAUCCAUAAUUGGUUUUCCUAUUUUAGAAAAUGCUAAAUACUUCAGACAAGGAAUAACCUAAGCAGUAAAAAUUAUGGCUUUUUUUUGUUCAAAACUAUCAUGUAAAUGAGAGAACUAUGCCAGUUCCUAACAGAAUAAAUGUAAAGGCACAGCCUUUCAAAAAUAGCUCAGGCCUGUAGACUCUUUGAGUAGACUGUGCCAAAAUGCGUGGCAAAAUGCAAGAUACAGAAAAACAUCCACUAAGGGCUAGAUAAAGACCAUCAUAAUUCUUUUUUAUUCAUAACCUAAAUGGUAUUUGAAUUUAUCUUCAGAAGGGAAAGUGUUAAAAGGUUGUCACAUCACUUAGACCACACCAAAGAUGAUUUAAAAUUAACUCAGUACGCUGAAUUUUUCCCUGUUAUUCAUGAACAGAAAAAUAUAAUAUGCUAAGUACAUCUUCUGGCUGUUCCCAUUACUUGCUGUGAGUUCAGAUCCUUCAUUUUUAUUGAUUAGUUAGCCAUAAUCUGUAUGAGUAGUUUGCAUCUCUGUAGGAAACAACUUUGAAUGUGUAAGAAGAGAGAGGAUGAGUAUGAUUUCAUAUUCAUGUAAAACAGCUCUCAAUGAACUCUCUGCCAAAUGCACUGGAUAAAUUUAUUGCAAUAGCAUUGUUUGUAAACUGAAAAGGUUUUAUGAGUUUAUGAACAAUGACAUGCUGACAGAUAUUUGUAUUUGGAUGUGCAAUAUACAAAGAUUUAUUUAAAAACUUAGCAGGGUAAAACUUAAAACAUGCAUCCUGUUAUACACAUAGCAUCUACAUUUUAAGACUAAUCUUGUGUUGAGGUGCAAAGGUGAUGGUGAUUUAUCUUUUUACUAAAUACUUAACUGAAAGUAUUUUAAUGAAAUACUGAAAGGAUGAUGAGGUGCCUUGUUUACAAAGUCUAGUGUCAGGUUUCUCUCAUUAGAAAAAAUGGUCAGAUGUAAUGCUACACAGAUCACUGGGAACUACCCUGGGGCUGGACAGCGGGAAGCUGCAUCCACACUGCCAGUGUUUCCCAGCUGCUCACUGGUUGGAAGCUGCGCCCAUGUCACAGCUGGUGGGGAGGAGAAGUGGCGGCAGUGGUGUGGGCACAGGUCCUUGCUCCAAGCGUCAGAGGGUUUUCUUUGUGCCCAUACUGACUCUAGGGGCCGUAUGUUGCUGAUCCCUGAAUUAAGUUAAUAUUUGAUUAAGAAAAACACCAUACUUUUUAAAAUCUGGUGCACUUUUUUUAUAAGAAUUUCUUAAAAAUGAAUGCCAUUUCACAUUAAUUUUAUAGUGUAUUUUUUUUUUAAUAGUAUUAUGUUGAUUUCAGUCUUUUAACUUUUCUCUUGAUUGCCAGCAAUGUAUAGAAACUCCAUGCAAAUCACAUACAGCUCGAAUGGAAAGGGUAGUCAAAACAAUAUUUAAACUAUAUAAACUUCCUUGUGCCAGAGCAUUACUCAUUUAAUCCAAGGAGGCCUUUUCAUAGUGUUGCAUAAUUUACAGGUUACUUAAAUAUUUUUUACUUUGCGAUAUAAUGCACUGAUGCUUUUACUUAAAAUGGACCCACCAAACACUAGCAAAUACAGAAACUUAAUGAGCUGCUGCUGCUGCUUCUUACUCUUCUAGCAUUGAAAAUAGAACUUUGUGUGGUAAAGAACGCUAUAAGGGAAAUAAUUUGAACAGUUGCGAAUGAAGUUAUAUAUAAAAGUAGCUCAGUUACAACUGUACCAUGUUUCAGAGACUGUAUUUUAUAAUACCCUUUUGUUGCCUGAUUCUUCACUUUCUGCUGUUUUUUCCCUCUUUUUAGCCCUGAUCCUGCAAACACAAAUAUGAUGACUUGUUUCACUGAACUCAGUUGGACAGCUCUCCUAUAUAAAAUUAAUCACACAAGUAAAUGUUUAAAGGAUUGAGGUCUGGACCUGCCAUAUGCAAAUCUGAUGAGUAAAUGCAAAAGAUUGUGAUGGCACUGCCUUUGACAGUUGUUUAUCAGGCAGCAGUGAUGGAAAUAGGGGAAAGAGAAUGUUUGAGGCUGUAGAGACAGAGAACUUAAGGCACAAAAUAUCAGCAAAUAUACAGAUUUCUUGGGUAAAUGCUAGUAUUAAAAUAAACAAAUACUAAUAAUAAGGCAACUUUUGAAGUUUUAAAUAUCUGAAAAUACUUUCAUCUAGCAGAUGUAAAAUAUCAGAAAAUUCACUGCUUGGUAAUAUUUUCUCACUUGCGUGGUGCAAAUUUUAGGGUGAGAGAACCUUUUAAUGUGAAGAUUGAUGGAAAUAUACUUUGCUACUCUUGAUGUAAAGGUUCAUUCAGAGUACGAAAAGUAAUUUGAUUUAUUUCCUUAUUUCAAGAUGAUGGGAUCCUUAAAUUUCUCUGUAAUGAGAUUCCAUUCCAUAGCACAUCCUGUGCCUAUACACUGUGUGCAUAGACACUGUGAAUUUAUAUAUAAACAGCAUGUUUAUUGAAAGUGACCUGUUAAUAUUAGAACAAAGAUCAAGUCCAGUGUGUCUCCAUAUUGUCAGAUGCAUUAUUCAGCUCCUUUUUUAUUUUUUUUUUAAUGAUGCAGAUGGCUCUAUAAAGGCACAGUAGAUUGUAAUGUGAUCAUUUUUCUUGUGCUCGGGCAUUUCUGUAUGUUUCUUUUCUUAAAUAACUUUUUUCUUUUGGUACUUGUUCAGUUACUAUUUCCCUUUUGUCUGUGUCAUCUAAUUAAGGAUUCGUUGGUUUGUUUCCCACUAUCAAAUGUGUUUUAUUUUUUUAAAUAAACAAUAAAAUAAAUGGCAGAAUUUCAGAGGAUAAAAACACCAUUUGUCCUAUG